CAUCGACCAACCUUGUGCCACAUCAGCUGUCCUCCACCGACGCUGACCAUUAUUUGUAUCUCUUAUAGCCUCUCUCUCUCCUUCCCCUUCCCUUCUCUUUCACGAUCUGCGAGUUGAAAACGGGCAUGAAGCCGUGCUCGUAACCAGAACCAUGAUGAGCCAGUCCCGCCUGCGGCACCUCGCCGCCCACAACCUCUCGACCUUUCGCCGACAGCCAUGGAACGAGAUCUCGGGCUCUCUGGGCGACCUGGGCACUUUCCUGCCCAUUGUCAUUGCCUUGACCGAAGGCCGCCAAAUCUCCUUGACGACCACCCUCAUCUUCACCGGUCUAUACAACAUCCUCACGGGAGCCUGUUUCGGGAUCCCGCUUCCGGUCCAGCCGAUGAAAGCCAUCGCCGCCGUGGCGAUCCUCAAAUCCCUGACGGCCGGGCAGACGGCAGCAGCCGGAAUAUUUGUCUCGAGCUGCAUUCUCCUCUUCAGCGUUACGGGUCUCCUGUCAUGGUUCACAAAGGUCAUUCCGAUCCCGGUGGUGAAAGGAAUCCAGGUUGGCGCAGGGUUGAGCUUGAUCAUCGCUGCCGGCACCAAAGCACUCUCCUCCCUGUCGUGGACCACGCCGUCCUGGGCGGACAAUUACCAGUGGAUGAUACUGGCCUUUCUUGCUCUUUUUGCCAUCAACCUCCGCCCGCGAACACCGUAUGCCCUGAUCGUGUUCCUCGUCGGCGUCGUCUUUGCCUUGGUCCAGAUCACAGCCGAUGAGAGGCACCACCUCCCAGGAUUCCGAAUGUGGCGCCCGUACACUCAAGCACCGUCGGGGAGAGAGUGGAAGACUGGCAUACUUGAUGCUGGCAUUGGCCAACUGCCACUAACUACCCUCAACUCCAUCAUCGCCGUUACCCACCUGGCCGCUGAUCUCUUGCCCGACAUUGAAACCCCUUCGGUUACAGCAAUCGGUAUCAGUGUUGCAGGCAUGAAUCUGUUCGGAUGCUGGUUCGGAGCCAUGCCUGUGUGCCACGGAUCUGGAGGACUGGCCGCACAAUAUCGGUUUGGCGCUCGCUCGGGCGCCAGUAUCAUCCUCCUUGGGCUUUUCAAGCUCCUACUGGGCAUCCUGUUUGGCGAAAGUCUUACGGAUGUUCUCCACCGCUUUCCCCUAGCAUUCCUCUCGGUUAUGAUCAUCGCGGCGGGGCUGGAACUUGCCAGUGUGGGAGAGAGUCUGAACACGCCCCGGGCGCGAGAUCUGAGCAAAGAAGGGUCGGGCGCAAGACGGACGGAAAUCACAGACGAAGAAAAGAAGCGAAGAUGGACUGUGAUGCUUGUCACGGCUGGGCUGCUUAUUGCGUUCAAGAACGACGCCAUCGGCUUCGCCGCCGGCAUGUGUUGCCACUGGAGCUUUCAACUGUCCAACUAUCUGACGCAAAGAGCAGCAAGAAGACGACACAUGGAGACUCCUGAAGAUGCUGAAGAGCGCGUGAAUCUACUUCCGUGAAGAGUUUGGCAUAUCACCAAGGUAUCUCACUGCCCGACCUUGAAUACGUCCCUGUCACACCAUCAGGCCCCUGAGCUACCAACUCGGCCACCCUGACAGCUCCCAACUUCGGAUGCAUAUCCUCACUAUUCAGCUCUGCAUUGUUCAGCCCCGUCGCACGGUACCCUGGACACACGGUGUUGACCUUCCAGUGCGGAUACAACUUGGAAUAAUACACGGCGAGGGCAUUGACGGCGGACUUGCUCGAAUUAUACCAGGGACCCUUGUACAUGAUCCCACGGUCCAGGGUGGUCUGUAAGGAUCCCAGAGUGGAGGAGACGAAGAUGACUUUGGGUAGUCUGGACUGUUCGAGUAGUGGCGCCAGUUUCUCGGUGAGGACGGCGGUUGAGGUGACGUUGACGCUCAUGCAGAGGUCGAAUUUCUGUCGCAGGGUGGCGUCCGGGGGCAGAUGUUGCGCGGCAGUUCCGGCGUUGUUGACCAGGAUGUCGAGUCUGCCAAAAUGCUGCUGGAUGGCCAAGAAGCAGUGCUCGAUGGACUGAUCGUCGGCGAUGUCGAGUUGGAUGGGGUUGACAUUGAUGGGGGCGCCCAUGCUGGCCACCGCUUCUUCUCCCUUUAAGGUGUCACGGCAUCCCAUCAAGACUUGGUUGUCGGGGCUGUCGUUGGCGAGCCUCUUGACGAUUUCGUAGCCGAUGCCUGUAUUGCCGCCGCUGACUAGGAUGAUUGUCUUGCGCUGUGCGACGACGCUGGACGGGCGGGUUUGGAGUUGCGGUCUGGACAUGGUGUGUGUGCGAGGGGCUACAGCGAUCCUCCAAAUGGACUGGGUAGGGCAGAUGGUUGUCGAGUUGGUGAUGGUAGAGUCCUCCGGUCUAACAAUUGAGGAGCUUUAUUCGAGUAUCAAACGACCAACGAUCAACAAUAACAAGCCGUGUUGAUGAUCGACCCAAAAUCAAUGGCGAUAUGGUCCAGGAGAUUGAGUAUGAGAUGAUCCGAUCGCUACGUCACUCCCAGGCGAAACCGGGCAUUUGCGUCCUCCAAUUUUCUCUUCCCCGCGCCCGAUGUUGAAUAUGUAUUAGGUCCUUUGGGUGCCACGGUGCAAUGGUUAGUAACGCGGCGGAGGAGAGUUAGUCAAACAGACCUUUAUCUCCGAG